AUGUCAAGGGACUCCCAGACUUCUGUAGUGGAGUCUUGGGAAGUCACCCCCAAAAUCUUCAUUGAGUACAAAGUCCUGAAGGUUUUCCCCAAAAACCGCCACUUUCUCAUUACUUGCCACUCACCCCAUGCCCCACCUCCCAUCACCUACAUCCUCUUGGGGAACGGGGACAUAGAAGUGAACAAGAAGAUAAUGAAGACCAAUGACCCAGCCUCCUUCAGCAUCAACGUCACACACAAGUCCAGGCCAGACCUGCUUAGCUAUUCCUGCCAGGUGCUCCUCAGCUCCAGGACGAGGAUCACCAGUGAAAAGGUGUUGAUAGACUGGGAGCUGUGGGCCAAGCCAGUGUCUCAGCCGGAGACCAACUUUACCCUGAUGAACAGAGGAUCAGGCCCCAGGGUGGAGGUGAUCUGCCAGGUAUCCUCAGGAAGCCCACCUAUCACCUACAGUCUGGUUGGGAAGGACGGGUAUGUCUACAUACAGCACAAAUCGCUUUACGGGCAACCUGCCAACUUUUCCUUCUCACUGAUGAAGAUACCAGUCUGGCUUCAGUGCCAAGCGGAAAACAAUGUGAGCGUCCGUUCCAGUGGCCUGAUACUGGUACCCCCAGGAAAGCUGCCCCAGGGCCCCACCUUGGUGCUGGUGGGCAGCCUUGCCUACAUCUCAGCUGUCACCUUCGGAAUGUUGCGUUGCUCCCCCAUGAGGACCAACUAG